AUGGGAGUUAGGGGAAAUCGGAAGCAUUUAAAGCGCCUAAAUGCACCCAAGCACUGGAUGCUUGACAAGUUGGGUGGCAACUUUGCUCCGCGACCCAGCACUGGUCCUCACAAACUGCGCGAGUGUCUUCCGCUUGCGAUCUUUCUAAGAAAUCGUCUCAAGUACGCUCUUACAUAUGAUGAGUGUACGAAGAUUCUCGCCCAGCGUCUUGUGAAGGUUGAUGGACGCGUUCGUACUGAUAAGAAAUACCCUGCUGGGUUUAUGGAUGUUAUCUCAAUUGAUCGCACGAAUGAGCACUUUCGCCUAAUUUACGAUACGAAAAAGCGCUUUGCCAUUCAUCGUAUCCAUCCUGAAGAAGCUAAAUACAAACUAUGCAAAAUUCGCAAGGUGUUAGUUGGUCCAGGCAAAGUUCCAUAUAUUGUGACGCAUGAUGGUCGUACAAUACGUUAUGCAGACCCCGAAAUCAAAGCCAAUGACACUGUUCAAAUCGACCUUGCCACUGGGAGGGUGCUCAGUUUUAUCAAGUUUGAACCCGGUAUGGUGAAAUUUAAUCACAUAAGUUUUCCAUCAGGUAACGUCUGUAUGGUCACUGGAGGUCACAACUUGGGCCGCGUUGGUGUGAUUACUCAGUGGGAGCGUCAUCCUGGCUCCGUAGAGAUGGUUCACGUCCGUGACAACACUGGUCAUCAAUUUGUCACUCGUUUGAACAACGUUUUUAUCAUUGGCAAGUCUAACAAAGCCUGGGUUUCGUUACCGAAGGGGAAGGGCAUUCGUCUCUCCGUCUUGGAGGAGCGCGAUCGUCGCCUAAGAGUAAAGAGGACUGGUCAUUAA